AUGAACCAAAAUAUCUCUGAAAUAUCGGCCCCUGAUGUUGAUGGGGAGUUUCGAGCAGAAUUCAUCCCAAAAAUCCCCGAGAUUUUGCCAAUGGAACGAAUGUACUCUAUCCAAGUUGGAAGUAAGUGCUACAAGAUAAGUGGUGCCUCGCUAUCAUCAGAUUCCCCUUCUUAUUUCACAAAUUAUUUUAGUAAACCUGAAAAUGCUGAUAAGACCUUAUUUAUCGAUCGCUCCCCUGUGGUAUUUGAUAGAAUCAUUCUUCAUCUCCAAGGAUACUUUGUGGAAGUCAAAACUCCUAUGGAUUUCGUAUAUUUGUUCAGUGAUGCCUUUUAUUACGAUUUGCCAAGAUUGAAAGAACAACUUUAUCGCUCUGAUAUCUUUGUGAAUAUCGGUAAUAAAUCAUUCAAAAUUUCCAAGAAAACUAUGAAUUCGAAAGGAAACUUUCCAAAUUUUUUCUCUAUCGCUUAUAAUACUAUUUUUAAAGACCCGACUACUUUGAUUUCUAAUUUGGAUCUACUCAGGCCUCCUCCACAAGCUCCAAUUGUAUUGAUUGAUCGUUGUGAUAAGUUGUUUGAGAUAAUUUUGAAUUAUUUACAGGGCUACGAAGUCCCCAUACAAUGCGACGAUAUGAGAAACAAAUUGAUGAGAGAAUGUCGUUAUUAUCGAUUUUUGGAACUCGAGCAACGAUUGGUCAAACAUUCGAUCACUUUGAAUCCCUUCACAAUUCAGGAGGAAAUCACUAUCAACUUGAAAGAUGUUAAAAGAAAAGGGUUACUGGUCAAUCCUACAUUGACGCCUGGCAGUAACGUUCAGACUCCUAAUUCUGAUCAGGAUAUAACUCAAGAUAUCAGUUUUUCAAAAGAGUAUCAUUUUGCCAAAUAUUCGAGACCAUAUGUUGAUACAAAUAUAUACCGAGUAUUAAUCCUUCAGAUAAUUUCAACGGAAACAUUUAUGAUUAUUGACAGAGCAGCGAAUAUGGUAAAAGUAAAGUUUAUCAACAAUACUGCCAAACAAAUGCAAAGCCUAUUCUCCAACUUUAUCUCCAACCCAUUUCUUUCUAACUGUUUCAUGAUCUUUCACAAUGAAAAUCCUGAGAUCACUAACUCGUUAACUAUCCAAGCUGUUGUGGAGAAUAGUUGUUACUUGAAAUUAAAUGAUAAUGCAAUGAAAGAAGGAUGGCUCAGUAGUGUUGUUGCUAAUCUGGCACAUUUAGAUGAAAUUCCAUUAACCAUUAUCAAAUCCAAAUGGAAAAUUCAAGUCAAACAGGAUAGUUUCAGAUUGCAGGCUGUUAAGCUCGAAGGGCUAACAAGUCAUUUUAAUUGGAACAAGACGAACGAUUUUUUAUGA